GGGCCGGGCCGGGCCGGGGCUGCCCCCGCCUGCGCCACGUGCUCGCCGGCUCUCCCGGGCGGGUGAGCCGGUUCUCACCGGCGUCCUCGCCAGCUCCUCCCGGGCGGGCGAAGCGGUUCCGGCGCCCGGCGAGACCGCACUCAGCCCUGCGAAGGCCUGGAACGGACUCGCGGGGCCCGCACUGGGCGUCAGCCUGCCGCCGCCGCCGCCGCUCAGAAAUCGCGGGGAAGAGGAGAGAAAUAAGCAGUUUUGGAAAGGAUUUGGAGACUAACAAGAUAUGGAUUCAGACAGUAUAACAGCAUCUGAUUCAGAUGUGGAGAUUGAAAAUCAAAGUGCUGGCUCCUCUGGCAGCAGGUUGUUUAAAACCCAGUGCGUUUCUUCUUCAACUGAACAAAAACAAAGAAACGAUGUUCGAAAGGUUGCUCGGUCACUCAGGAGCGCUCAGAUACCAGAUUCAUCGAGUGACUCAUCCAUAGAACCCAGACCACUGACUAUCAGAGCAUAUUUUGAACUAUUGAAACAAAGAAAGAAAUGUAGAAAGAGGAGGAAAUAUCAGCCGACAGGAAGACCUACGGGGAGACCCAAAGGAAGGAGAAGUCGGACUUCAAGAAUAAAAGGGAAACAGAUUAGAGACAAAGAAUCUGGGCUUCCUGUUGUAGAAUCCACGAACGGAGGAAAAUCUUUACCUUGGCGAAAAAUUCUAACCUUUGAGCAAGCAGUGGCAAGAGGGUUUUUCAACUAUCUUGAAAAACUGAAGUACGAACAUCAUCUGAAAGAAUCCUUGAAACAGAUGAACGUUGGUGAAGACUUAGAAAAGGAGGAUUUUGACAGCCGAAGAUACAAAUACUUGGAUGAUGAUGGGUCCAUUUCUCCUAUUGAAGAUGCCGAAGCAGAAGAUGCUGCACGUCUUGUACAAGAAGAUGAAUGUGAUAUCAAACUGGUGGAGAAAGAGUGUUUCAUCAUAAGCUCUGAAUUGUCAAAGAAGAGAAAUAUAUGUUUGGAACCUGAGGAGUGGACAGAAAAAACAGCUGUAUCUAAAAAGAGACGGCAGCCAGAAGGGACAGAGGAGCGGCUGUGAGGUCUGUUCUAGGUCUUUGAGGACACCAAGCGCCUGUCAGUUGAGCCAGCUUUGGACAUCAAGCACCUGAACAUAAGCUGAGGCCCAUGACUUGAGUGACAGCACUGGUGCCUACUCUGAAAAGGGCUAAAUUGAAGAUAUUCUUGGAUGUAUACACUUCAUUGUUGAUACAGCACAAUCUAAAACGGGGCUCGUAAUCUCAUUAAAGGUAACUCAGGUAUUGUCAACCAGGAGGGUCACUACUGGCGUGUGGAGCCUGGAAGUCAGGAAUGACUGACAGAAACCAAAUCGUGUUUUGAGGGUACCUAAUGUGGAGAUGCACCUCGGUCCACGUGACCCUGGGAGAUGGGGCUGAAGUGACCAUGGGCCCUGGGCCCUGGCCGCCUCCUCUGCGUCUUGCUGGUAGCUGGAACCUUGGGGCCCAAGGCUGGGAAGCCUUGGCCUUGUGAAGACCAGAUCAGUGGAACCUCAAUCUCUUGGGGUGACAAUAUAGGGAUUGAACAGACUGGCCAUUGGUACAUAGGGCCAUGAGGAAGUGAAGAAAUCGAGCAGCUACAGCAAAGGAACCACAACAGGAUGGCAUAAAUAAAUAGUUUAUUAGUCA